CUGACGGAGGGAAGAUGGCGGCAGCUGCUGGAGUGGGGGGCUUCGCGGUCUCGGUGCUGGCCCCGAAUGGGCGGCGGGUCACGGUGCGGGUGGGCCCCGGCACCACUCUGCUCCAGAUUCUAGAGGAAGUUUGUGAGAUGCAGAACUUCAGUGCCAACGACUAUGAUUUGAAGUUUCAGAGGUCUGUGCUAGAUCUUUCUCUGCAGUGGAGAUUUGCCAAAUUGCCCAACAAUGCCAAGCUGGAGAUGGUGCCAAUUUCUCGUAACAGAGUGGGAACUGAAAACCGAGUUCAGAUUGCAUUGCAGUUGGACAGUGGUUCCCGGUUACAGGACACCUUUCGCCCUGGCCAGACGCUGUGGGAACUUCUCAGCCAUUUUACACAAACCAGGGAGUGUAUGGAGCAGCACGGUGAAUUCUCUCCAGUCUGUAUUUACAUGCGAGAUGAGAUAGCAGGGAAAGCUGCCCUGGAGAGAACAACACUGAAAUCACUUGGUCUGACUGGAGGCAAUGCCAUCAUCAGGGUUGUCAUGAAGAAAUGUGGCUCCUCUGGCCAAGAGGAGGCUGUGGGCAUGGUGGCCCCAUUUAGCAAGCUGCCAGUGAGCCCAGUCUCUACUGAAGGAGCAGUAGAUAUGCCAUUACCUCACACAAGCAUGUUCUCAAAGGACUUGGACCCCAGAGAUGUGGCCUUCUCUUUAAAAAACUGCACAGACAAGCAGGACUUGAUUAAAGUAUCCCAGGCCAGCUUGGGGGAAUUGUGGCCUCCCUCAGGUCCUGCGCCUGCCCCAUUUUUCCCUUUCUUUGGAGAUGGACAGCGUCUGGGGGGGACCCCUGUAGCUGCAGACUUUCCAGUGUCAGAUAUGCUAUCUUCAAAGCUGCCAACAUCUCUCUCCAGUCCUGGAGGCCCUUCUAAGCCAAAGAAGUCUAAGACCAGCCGAGAACAGCUAAAGGAGCAAGAGCAGCUUUUGGAGCGAGAGACAGUCGUGUGCCAUCCAGACCUGGAAGAGCCACUGUCUGCUGGUCCACAGGAUCUUCCUGAUGAGUUCUUUGAAGUCACGGUGGACGAUGUGCGGAAACGCUUGGCUCAGCUGCAGAAUGAGAGGAAACGUCUGGAAGAAGCUCCCUUCAUGACAAAAUCUUUGAGAGAAGCUCAGACGAAGGAGAAGUUAGAGCGCUACCCAAAGGUCGUGCUUCGAGUCCAAUUCCCAGACCGUCAUGUUCUGCAAGGGUUCUUCCGCCCUAGUGAAACUGUUGGCAUUUUGAGAGACUUUGUGAGAAGCCACCUUGCAGAUGCAGAGCUGCCAUUUUACCUGUUUAUUGCACCUCCCAGAGCCAUCUUGAGUAAUGAGAAUGAAACCCUCUUCCAGUUGCUGCUGUGGGAAAUGGGAGAAAGAAUUUCUGUUUGGAGCUCUGGGAAGUUCCUGAAUAACGAACAAAACUCACCUACAGUUCCCAUUUUGGCCUUCUCUUGCAGAAUGAAUGGUCUACAGAAGGCUAACCUCUUCCCAGCAUCUGUCAUUCACUUUGGAUCUGAGGAGCACAGAGAUUGUUACUUGAGACCAGAACUGCUGGAGUCUGCAGUGUCUCCUUCCACAGCUGACUUGCUAGUAGCUAGAAGCUUGUCCAAAUCACUAGUCCCUUCUGCUCCACCAGCUUCAGAAACAGCUGUUCCACCCCCAGUUGGGCCAGAGGAGACAGAUGGGAAAAGAACUGCUGAGAACCCAGAACCAGCAAGAGCUGCGGAAGCUUCACAGCCAGUGAGAAGGCCCCCUGAAAAAGUACCAAAGUGGCUGAAGCUGCCAGGUGUUCCAGCAAGCUUAAAGUAGGGCAUCAAGUAACUCUCUGGAAAUAUAAAAUCUGUGGUUUAGUCCAUUUGCUCCCAUAUGGCUGAAGUCCUUUAGAAUGGCUCAUGGACGUUGAUGCAGGGUACAUGGGAGUCCGCAGAAGCAAUAUGCAUGAUGCAUUCCCCUACUAGGUAAAGAACCUCUCUUUUCCCUGUAGGGAAUAUUUGGUUAAAGUCUGUAGUGCAAGAAGUGAAGAUGUUAACCACCUGUCCUGCCUGCCCGAGAUCGGCAGUGUUGAGAGGGCUGUGAGCAGCCAAGUAGGAGUGAAUAGCAGUGUCUCUGGCAAUGGACGGGGGUCGCCAUAUCUGCCCUGGAAGUCACACUGUUGUAGGCUCCACUAUUCAGUUCUUACCAAGCUCUGAGGCUAAAGUGCUAUAAAUAUACCAUUUGGGUACAGUUGGAGAGUGGAGCCCAGUGUGUUCAGGGCCUC